AUGCAAGCAAACCUAUUUGGAGGCCAAGCAGACCUGUUCGAAGAAUUGAAUCUGUCUGCUGAUUUGUUGAAGGGUUUAUAUGUGGAGAUGAAGUUUGAGAGGCCGAGUAAGAUCCAGACGAUCAGUUUGCCUAUGAUUCUGACCCCUCCUUACAAGCACUUGAUCGUUCAGGCACACAAUGGUUCUGGCAAGACUACUUGUUUCAUGCUUGGCAUGUUGAGCCGUGUUGAUCCCAAACUCACUGCUCCUCUGGCGCUCUGUAUCUGCCCUACCCGAGAAUUGGCGAUCCAGUGUCUUUGUGAAUUCAGGGUUCCCCUCAACCUUUGGAUAGGGAAAGGGAUCAUGGAUUAUUUGGAUAGGGAAUGGGAAAAUCUGAGGAAAAUGUUAAUGAAAUAUAAGCUCAAUUUUUUGGAUUUUAGGCUUCAUUUGGCGAAUGGGUUGAAUAUGGAAGUUCUUAAGAAGAUGAGGAAUUAUACAGGAAUUACUUCUGAAUGUGCUAUACCAAUGGAUAGCAGCAAUUAUGUUCCAAUUUCAAAACAAGCACCAGUGACAGCACAAGUAGUGAUUGGCACUCCUGGUACAAUCAAUAAAUGGGCGACAACAAAGAAAUUGAGCACGAACUAUUUGAAGAUUCUUGUUUUUGAUGAAGUUGACCACAUGUUGGCAGAGCUACUAGCAGUCAAGAAACUCGAUACUAUAGCUUGCAGGAAGCAGAGCAAUGAAGAUUUCCUUGAGCUAGUGUUUAGUGUCUCCAAGCUUAAACACGCUAAUGUAGUUGAGCUUGUGGGUUACUGUGCUGAACAUGGACAGCAGCUACUUGUCUUUCUUGGGGGAGACUUUGGAGCAGAUUUUCUAUCUCCUAUAUUGAGUGCAUAG